UGUCAGCUGACAGGACUUCCUCCCCGUGUGUGUUUUUUUUUUUCUUUCUUUUUUCUUGCGUUUCACCCAUAAUUAUCUUCUUAUUCUUUUCAAAGAGGCCAAAAAUAUUUCAUGCGGAGGGAAAACAAAGAUCGCCGAAAUGUCCGCGAAGCCGACAUGUUUGAUAGUGGCGAGCGCUUCUCCUCAAGGGGUGUCAGCAAAGUCUUUCCAUCAGUCCUUCAGCCUCUGUGCCUCGGCGUUUAAUCUCCAGACGGCCACACCUGGGGGCAAGCCGAUAGACUUUGUCGGAGUCGAUGAAAGCACUGCCAGAUGGGUGCAGGACUUCAAUGUGAAACCUUACGCAACGCCAGCCAAACUUGAAUCCAUAGACGGUGCCCGAUACCAGGCGUUGCUCAUCCCGGACUGCCCUGGAGCGCCGAAUGACCUGGCACACAGCGGCUCUCUGCACCGCAUUCUCACACACUUCAUUUCUCACCAAAAGCCCGUUUGUGCAGUGGGACAAGGAGUGUCGGCUCUGUGUUGUGCCACUGAGGGACAGAGGUGGAUCUUCGAUGGCUAUAGUUUAACAGGGCCGUCAGUGUUUGAACUGGUGCGGAGGCCUGACUUUGCCAACCUGCCCUUGAUUGUGGAGGACUUUGUGAAAGACAGUGGAGGGUCAUACACAGCAAGUCAAGACGACGCUGUGCAUGUCGUCAUAGACAGACACCUGAUAACUGGCCAGAAUAUGGAGUCGACCUCACUUGCUGUAAAUAAUCUAAUCCUGCUCUGUAAUGGCAAGUAAAAAGAGACAAGUUUGAAUCAGG